CUACGCCCUUCUGGUCACUAACAUGGCCGUCACCAGGGAGCUAGUCCAAGGAUUUUGAGACCAGUAUUAUUUGAUUCUGCUUAAACGCUUUUGAUGAUUGACGAUGCCGCUUGCGGAUCGUUGAUGUUGCAGCUCUAUAACAUCCCUUUGAAUGUAAGAAGAGAGAAGCUACACCCUCUUAUUGAUUCCAGUCCCCUGGGUUUCGACGACAGCCCUGUCGCCCGUCCCUCAGACUGGCAGUGGCCGCAGGUGCAGUGUCUUGGAGCUGGGGGCCACAGUUGCCUUCCUCUGCCAGGAGGGCUGGGAUCGGGACAAGUGUGGCCCGUAACUACCAGCUCUGGGCGUCUCGAUAGAGUAUGGUGAGAGACAGCGGCUGCCAUGGAGCUACAGGAUAAGAGACAUGAGGAGGAGGCGACUCCACUGGGACUGUCCACGGCUCAUGCUCUGUGCACCCUACGGGACCAGCUGUCCAACUUAUUGGGGCAACACCAGAAAUCCAGCCGGCGUAAAUCUACCAUACAGGAGCAAUGGGCUAAGAGCUUCCUUCACCAUGACAACCGGCAUUCGUGCUUCCAUUGGCCGGGAGCUGCUCUCACUCUGGUUGUGGUGGUUGGGCUUUUGUGUUGUAAUGGCAGCCAGCCGGUGGGCAGUCAAGGCAUAGAGUUAGUGAAUGCGGGCGCACUUUUCCUCCUCCUGCUGUUGAACCUCUUUCUCAUUGGGCGGCAGCAGAGGUUACGGAUGAGUGAGGUGGUGCGGAGGCUCAAGUCCAUCAUUUCACAGCUGAAUGAUUGUUUGAAGAGAAGUGCAGAACAUCCAAUCAGAUGGGCCCCCUCUCUGUGUCCUGACCUCUACACCCCGACUUCUCCUUCCUGGUCACUGCAUUGGACAUUCAGAGAUGGGCAGCUUGUCAAUCUACCGGUCAGUCUUCUGGUGGAAGGUGAUGUCAUCGCUCUUAGACCGGGCCAGGAGGCCUUUGCAUCUCUCAGAGGCAUCAAGGAUGACGAACACAUCGUGCUGGAGCCAGGAGAUCUUUUUCCUCCAUUCUCUCCUCCUCCUUCCCCACGUGUGAAUGAGCGGAAGGGACCCCACAGUCCCCAGAAGUACCGCCUCUUCAGGGUGGUGCGCACACCUAUACUCGACAGUGUCAGGAACAGUCUUGACCUGGCUCUCUCCCGUCCAAUCACAGCCCUUGAUAAUGAACGGUUCUCGGCGCAGUCCAUCAUUGCCAAAUUCGCCUGUCCAGCUGUAUUGGUGGCCUUUUUCUUUGUUAACACGAUCCGGUACUUUUGUGACGCUCCCGGUCUCACCACUGGACCCUUCAACUUUCUUCAGUUGCAGAUGAUGGGUGUAUUGCCGAUUUUACCUCUUCUGUUUCCUGUGAUGUGGAUUGUGGUCAAUGCGUACGGAGAGGCCCGCGUGUUAGCCGAGUCCAGCCGUAACUCUCCCACUGGCCUGCUUGCUAAGUUCUCUGAGGACACUCUAAGCAGCUUCACGGAAGUGGUGUCCUCCCAGGAGAUGCUACGCUGUGUGUGGAGACACCUGGUCAGUGUGUUGAAGGGAGAGUCCCAGACCCUCUGUCAUACCUCCAGUCUGCUACACUCGUUGGGUUCGGUCACUGUGCUGUGCUGUGUGGAUAAGCAAGGCAUUCUGUCCUGGCCCAACCCUAGUCCCGAGACUGUGCUGUUCUUCAGCGGACGAGUAGAACCUCCUCAUGACAGCCAGGAUGACCUCCGAGAUGACCUGUUAGUCAACCCCCUCUGCAGGACAGAGGGCGAGGAGGAACGAGACGAGCCUCAGGAAGCUGAAGCGCUGCUGUGUUUACCAGUGUUUGAACCCUCCCUUCACGUGGCUGAGCAGGAACCCAGCGAGACGUCACAUGACACCGUCCGCUCCUCAGACACCCAGCGUCAGCAUCAAGGACCCCAAACUACCCGUUCCAAACACCCUUCAGGAUCCAAUGUCAGUUUCAGCAAUGCAACUGAAGGUGGUGAAGAUGGCAUUGCUCAGCCAUGUGGUAUGGGUGAUGAUCUGUGUGAAGCAGAAGAUUUUGUGUGCGACUAUCAUCUGGAGAUGCUGAGCCUGUCCCAGGAUCAGCAGAACCCUGUCAGCAUCCAGUUCGAUGACUCCGGUUGGCAGAAUCACCUGCCCUCUUUGAAGCCACUUGGCUUGAACAUCCUGUUGAACCUGUGCAAUGCCACCGUCACCCAGCAGCUCUGCAGAUUCUCAGACCACUUGUCAAACCUGGCGCUGCAGGAAUGCCACGGGGCGGUUCUACCCGUUCAUGUGCCCUGGGGCCUCUGUGAACUAUCUCGCCUUAUAGGUUUCACUCCGGGAGCGAGGGAACUGUUUAAGCAUGAGAAUCAUCUGUCUCUGUACCAGCUUCCUUCUGGAGAGAAGCCCAAAGAAUCUGCUGUCCCUCGUCGUCUCCAUCACUUCACAAAACGCCAGCCUCCCAUCAGUCACCUCAUCAGUCUCUUCGUCAAGGACAGUACUUCCAAUAAUGUACAGAUGCUCUCCCAUGGCUCGGCCGACCUCAUCCUGGAAGCCUGCACAGAUUUCUGGGACGGGGCAGACAUCUAUCCGCUGUCUGGCUCUGAUAGGAAAAAGGUUUUAGAUUUCUACCAACGUGCCUGUCUGUCAGGAUAUUGUUCUGCAUUCGCAUAUAAGCCUAUGCAGGUGGCAUUGUCUGGACAGCUCAAUGGAAAGUGUGUGGAGCUGGCUCCAGGGCCCGCCCUCUUUUCUGGGGUGGAGCUUCCCAGUACCAUCCCCAUCAAACAGAGCAGCCGCAGGAACAGCUGGAGCUCUGAUGAGGGUAUUGGAGAAGGUUUGGAGAAGGAGGACUGUGUGCAGGCUCUGAGCGGCCAGAUCUUCAUGGGAAUGGUGUCAUCCCAGUUCCAGGCCCGACUGGACACUGUACGGCUCAUUGAGAACCUGGUGGGAGCCUGUAUCCGCUUUGUGUACUUCUCCAUGGAGGACGAGCUGCGCAGCAAAGUGUUUGCAGAGAAGAUGGGCUUGGAGACGGGCUGGAACUGUCACAUCUCUCUGACCCCAAACGGAGAGGGUCACUACGAAGGUGCUCCGUCCAGCCCUAGCCAAGCAGGAUCUCUACACGAUGACCUUCUGCAUGAUUCUCGUGAUGAUGCAGAGGGCCCACUACUGCCUGAGGACCAAUCAGAUCUCGCCAGCUUCCAGCCUACUGAUAGUGAUGUGCCCAGUUUCUUAGAAGACUGCAACAGAGCCAAACUGCCUCGUGGCAUUCAUCAGGUUCGUCCUCAUUUGAAGAACAUAGACAAUGUGCCUCUACUGGUGCCCCUGUUCACAGACUGCACCCCUGAAACAAUGUGUGAAAUGAUGAAGAUCAUGCAGGAGAACAGAGAGGUGACAUGCUGUUUGGGGAGCUCCGCAAACUUCCGUAACAGCUGCCUUUUUCUGCAGAGUGACAUUAGUAUCUCCCUGGAUCCUCUAUACCCGUCCCGGUGCUCAUGGGAGACAUUUGGGUACGCUGCAGGCUGCGGGCUGAAUAGAGACUGUGAUGAGCUGUCUCCAAUGGGGCUCAGUGCUAGUCUCAACAGCCUUGCCUGCUCCAUGUCCUUCCAUCAGGGCGAGAGUGUCAGCAUGGUCAAACUCAUUGAGCAGGCGAGACACACCACCUAUGGCAUCCGCAAGUGCUUCCUCUUCCUACUGCAGUGUCAACUGACACUGGUCAUCAUUCAGUUCCUGGCCUGCCUUAUUCAGCUACCUCCUCCCAUGAACAUCACAGACAUACUGUGGCUUUCCUGCUUCUCUUACCCACUGCUAAGCGUGUCCUUACUGGGAAAAUCACCGGACAGUUCAGUGAUGACAGUCGCUACUGGAAAGAAUCUGGACUCUAUCCCACGCAAGACCCAGCACUACUUUCUAGGCUGGUUCCUGUUGAAGUUCGGUCUGACGAUGUUGGCCUAUUUAGUCGGCUUUGGGUUUUCUCUACAGGAAAUGUGUUCUAUAGCAGCUAACCGCACAAAAACUUAUAACAGCACCUGCUCUCACAUAUUCACAUCUAGCUCACAGGAUGGCCCGCAGUGGUUUAGUGAAUUGUCCAAUGGGCUGCUUUUGAUGCAGAAGAUCAUGGCAGGUUUUCUGGCUCUGCACACAGUGGUCAUCUCUCUGAGCUAUGUGCACCGUUCACAACCCCUGUGGAGGAAGAACCCUUUCAGUAACACAUGGUGGUGUCUCACCGUGCCUGUGGUACUGUUGGGACAGGUGGUGCAGGCUGUGAUAGAUUAUCAGUUGUGGCAGGACAGGAGUACAGAGGUGGUCUUCACACUGCAUCACAUCCCGCUCUUGGUCUGGCUGUUGGUCUCUCUGUCCAUCAUAUUUGUGGUGCUAAUCAAUGAAGCAGUAAAACUGCAUGAAAUCAGGAUACGAGUGCGUUACCAGAAGAGGCAGAAGCUUCAGUUUGAGACUAAGCUUGGUAUGAACUCUCCCUUCUGACCUGCGUCUGUAAAGCACAGCAUGGUCAUACACGUCAGCCUCAUCUUCAUUUCAGUGGUGGAGGAGAUGAAGAAUGCUUUGGAUUUCCCCCAACAGAGCUCUCGCUGCAACAGAACUCUGAAGGGCUGCUUUUUUUAAUCCGUGAGAGCUAUCUUUGAUUUAGGUUUUACUCCAAGCAAAUAUUUCAUCUGUGUUGUUUUGAGGGAUGUUUACCUGCAUGCUGCUUUGGUUUGGACCGGGACAUUCAAUGGAGGGAUUCUUUUUUUAAUGAGUCAAUUCCUUUACCCACUUUAUGCACGAUAUAGAGAAUAUAUACCAAAAUGUACAACGGAGGGCUAAAUUAGCAUGCUUUUUCUUCUUUCUUUUUUAUCUUUUUUUUUCUUAGAUGUUGUGAAAUGGGGAUUUAAUUGAUUUCCUUGGUUUCAAACAUGAGACAGUUGAGCGCUCAUGAGAUGAGCUUUAGCUGUAGGUUCUCUGUGUUCGUAUUUCAGCCGUAUGGUUCUUUAUCACACUGCUGAGAGGUCUCGUGUAGUACUGUACUUCAUAAGAGCUUGGUAAAGCCUGUUUUAAUCGGUUAGAAUGUGAAUGUCAUCGCCUCAACUUACCUCAUAUCCAGAGGGGAAAGAUUACAUUGUGUUCUUUUGUGAUCAUGAGGUACAAGUGAAUUUACUUACAAAAAUAUAUCAGCAAGAGCAACUUAGCUUCCAAAAUCAAAUGCAGUCAGUGUGAGACUGUGUAAACUCAAUUACUAGCUUACUUUGAAUCAGUCAGGCAUUAAAUAACUUUUCCUCUUACAGAUCGAUAUCGGAUGAAAUGCAUGAGUCUUUCAAACCAUUUUUACCUCAAAGUUCUUAAGUUCAAUCAAAACACAAAGUCUUUUUAACCAGGCAAAGCAAUAGCUGUCCAGCUGAAGGAAGAAUGUUCCAACUUGAAUUGUUCUCUACACAGACGUUUGAAAUGUUUUUUUCAUGUGUGAUUGUCAGCCAGAACGCACUGAUUUUUUUAUUCAUUUAUUUUAUUUUGCAUACAUUUGCGUGCAAGACAACAAAAUCACUUGCCUGAUUUCUCACCGCACGUUUUUUCGUGAGAAUUAUUGGUAUGAAUAUAAACAACUCCGGAUGGGGUAGGCUUAUUUAAAUUAAAAUGAAUUUCUCCACCCCUAUCCAGAGAUUUCAGUGUUUACUGGUAAAGAGGGAUAUUGAACUUUUGUUCUGUUCUACCUCUAGCUGAUUGCUGAUAUAAAUACUAGGCAACUUCACAAUUUUAAUAGGUUUUAUUAUUAUUUUAAUUUAUGCAGUUGGGCUGCAGCUAUAGAGUAUAAGAGGCUCAGUUACAGUGUCACCAGAUGUGCUUCUUUAAAAACACAUUCAAGAGUAUAUUCUGGCAGUGACCAGCUAAUCUCCAAAUUACCAGCACUUUUUCCCAAUACUAGAGGAAUCCACUAACAUGACUUAGCCUAGACUCAUCAAAAGGAGAAUUUAAAGGGAUAGUCUACCCAAAAAUGAAAACUGCCAUUAUUUACAUACCCUCAUGUUGUUCCAAACCUGUUAGACUUUAUUUCUUCUGCAGAGCAUAGGAGAUAUUUAGUAUAAUGUGUUACUCGUUUGUAUCCAUACAGGGAAGGUCAUUCAUGUUUGGAAUUAUAUGAGGGUGAAUAAAUCAUUUUCUUUUAUUUUUGGAUUAACUUUUCAUUUUUAGGUGAACUGUCCAUUUAAGUUGCUGCUAGAGCUGUAUAAAGUGGUAUAUUUGAAAAAUUAUUCAUGUGUACAGGCAUCAUGGGACCUCUAGAGUAUAUAGUCCACAACCCAGUUAGUAUUUAGUCUUUCAAAUGAGCCACAGUCUAUCACCUUUUCUACAUAAUGCACUGCAAGAUUAGUCUUAAUUUAUUGAUUUCCUGCCUCUUUUUGUUCCUGUCUCACUGUUAUACUUCAGUUAAUCGCAAAUACAUACUGUAAUCUCUAAUCUGAUGUUGAUAUUUAUUUUGAUAUGAUUAUAUAUGCCUGUACAUCAGCAAAUGAUUGCAACCUAACAGCCUUUUCCAUAAUGCAUCUAGAGAUGAUCUUGGGCACUGAAUGUUCAUUGGUGUAUGUGUUGCAUUUUUUUUCUUUCUUUCUAAUUUUUCUGCUCAUUCAACAGGAAGGCGAGUCGUAUGAAGUGUUGAGAGGUUAUACAGAACUGUAGCUGUUUCAGUGUUUUAGUUCAGCACCACUGCUGUGUAACUAAGCCACACUAAUACAGACAUAUCAGAGAAAUCAAAAAGUAAGUUAAAUAGUUCAUUUUUAACUGGUGCUGAAUUGGUUAUAUAACAAAAUGUACAAUUAAGGAAAUUAUCAAAUAUAUUAGUAUUGGGGAAUUGUUUUAAUAAGCACCGAUCUUCUGUUUUAACAAAUUAAUGUAACAGGGAAAAAAAUGUUUUGGGAUACGAGUUUGUGAGCAGCAUUUGUUGUACAGGAUUUGUUUUGUUUUUCCUGAUGUAUGCAUGAUAAAGACCAGAAUGCAAGGUUUUCUUGAUUUACUCAUCUGCUGGAUAUUGAGUAUGUUGACUCGGUCAUGCAUGGAUUAAAACAUGUUGCUGAUGUUUUUCCAUCAGUCAGAAACUGUAAUAUUUAAACCAGGAGUAUGAAUCAGGCUAUUUUAGAGGGCUGUUCAGAGCCUCUCUGCAAAAUACAUGCCUGGGUUACAACCUAGACUGAUUGACCCAAUAUUUUUGCUAUUUGUGAAUGUUCAUAAGAUUUAUAAAUGUUGUACAGUUUGUAUUUUUUUAAAGAUGUCUUUCACAUUGAUUUCUCCACUUCCCCAGAGAUUAUUUGUGAACCAUUGUUAAUAAAUGUGUUCAUUUCAAAACAAA